GCGAAAGGGAUCACUUAAUGCCCUGAAUGGAAUAAGGUUCCUGAGCAUGGCAUGGGUCAUCCUUGGACAUACUUAUGGUUUCUCCAUAGGGUUUGAUGUGGCGUCCUAGUGGCAUACCUGACCUUGCAGGAAUUAAAGAAAGUGGGCGGGGCAAAACGGCUCAAUUGGCUCAUGUUCUAUUUCCAUCGAUUCUGGAGGCUAACUCCUCCAUACAUGCUGGUGUUGAUGUUUGGAACGGUGCUAUCUCCCUACUUGAUAUCUGGCCCACUCCGGAUACCCGGUGACUUACCUACCAUGCUGGAGUGUCGGAAAAACUGGUGGACUAAUCUACUGUAUGUCAACAACUACGUGGAAAAUGACCACAUGUGCAUGGGAUGGAGCUGUCACCUGGCCAACGACAUGCAGUUCUACAUCAUCAGCCCACUCAUUCUGCUUCCGCUCUUUUACAACUUGGUUGCCGGUGUAGUAUCAUGUAUCGUGUUUCUCUCAUUCACGACUGCUGCACGAUGGGUUAUCACGUUCCUGCAAGAGUAUCCAGUGCAGAAUUACCUGUCAAACGUCCCGCCACCAAAAGAUGAAAACUAUGGCAGGAACCUAUAUAUCCCAAGUUACUCGCGGCUAGGACCUUACAUAGUGGGCUUAUUUGUUGGCUACCUGCUCUAUAAGACAAAGAGCAAACUAAAAAUCCCCAAGUCGUUAAAUCUAGUGUUGUGGUUCGUGAGCUUCUCCACAUUCUGCCUGGUGGUAUAUGGACCCUACUCGCAGGACGGCAACCAUAUCUUCAGUGUGAACGAGUCGUCUGCAUACUUUGCAUUGGCUCGCACCGCCUGGGGCGUGGCUCUUGCCUACCUCAUAGUCGCAAGCUGCACCGGCCACGGUGGUUGGAUAAAUGAGAUGCUGUCGUGGCGCGGUUUCAUUCCCCUGAGUCGCCUAACCUACUGUGCCUACCUUAUACACCCUCUCGUUAUGUCGACGUUCUACAUGAACAGACGACAGCUCACCUACUUUACACAGUUUGAGCUGAUCUACCUGUUUCUUGGUCACAUGACUAUGACGUAUGGUCUCAGUUUCAUCGUGUCACUCGUGUUUGAGGCGCCGAUGAUGGGACUUGAAAAAGCAAUCCUCAGAAUGGGCGGAAAAUAAGAGGACUGACUGUGAAAUGAAAUUGCUUUCAUUUCGCGUCCAAUGCACGAAGGAGUAUUGAACUUGUAUGGGGAAGAUUUUUAUACCAACUCAUAUAUGCAAUCUGAAGAUAAACUUCAAAAUUUAGUUCGGUAUUUAUUUCCCUCGUAGCACUUUUAAUAAGAAUGAUGUUUUUCCACAGGCAAAACA